AUGGAGCCUGGAGUCGAGGCCCUGCUCCGCAGCUCCUAUGGCCCUAUGGCUUUGUUGCGUAUCCCGGCUGAGCACCUGAGCGAGGGGGGGGGGGAAGGCUGGGCUGCGAUCGAUCUGCCAGAAGGCGGCAAGGCGGUUGACAGCCCGUCACCUGUGGCCUACAACAAGAAUCGGAGCGAUGCAAAUGCUUGUCCAAGAAAAAUAAGCUUGCGAUGCUGCAAUCUCGCUCGACCCGGACUUGCUUUGGGUUUUCGGCCCCUCUUGCGGCCUUUUUUCUUUCUCCCUUCUCAACGGCGGUGGAACGAGCCCAAGCUUGUCAUGGCAGGGGACUCCCAGCCGCACCCCAAGUCGGACCCCCAGUCGCCGUUCCCGCCCAGUCGCCUUGGGAACGGUGACAGGGCCAGAGGGCGAACAACAAUGCCAUGGCGGGCCCCGAAGUACUUCGUAUGGGGAAUGCGCCAGGAAAAUGAAAGCCCACCGAACAAGGACAUGAGUUUCGUCCUUCGUACUGGGUACAGAGAGAGCCAUCUCGAUCCCCCAUCGAAUCGAGCAAAGGCAUUUGGAAAAACGUACGAUUAUUCAAGGAUGCAGGCGCUAUUGGACCAAUGGAAGGUGCUGUACCCGCCGCUUUCCCAAAUCGAGCAAGGUGACCGCUGCAGCGCGGUGCAGGCAUGA